AUGGUAUUGACACAGCAGGGAAGACCAACCGCUUCGGACGACCAAUUUCCCACCGCUCAGUUAUUCCUUCUAGCAAUAUGCCGUGUUGCAGAGCCCAUCGCCUUGACCUCCAUCUUCCCAUACUCCUGGGUGAUGGUCAAGGACUUCCAUGUAGCUGACGACCACACUGCUUCCUUCUACGCGGGCAUCCUCAUCUCAGCCUUUUCGCUUGCUGAAGCACUUACCGGUAUGAUUUGGGGGGCCCUUUCCGACCGUAUCGGCCGCAAACCCGUGCUUCUUUCCGGCUGCUUUGGCACUACGAUCUCUCUUCUCAUCGUGGGAUUCGCUUCCAACUUCUGGGUGGCCCUAUUUGGCCGGGCGCUUGGAGGUACUCUGAAUGGCAACAUUGGUGUCAUUCAAACCAUGGUUGGCGAAUUGGUCAAACGGCCGGAGCAUGAACCUCGAGCUUACGCCGUGAUGCCAUUUGUUUGGUCAAUCGGGACUAUCAUUGGACCAGCCAUUGGAGGUUUGCUUGCAAAGCCCGCUGAAGGGUUUCCCUCCCUGUUUUCCCACGACGGUCUAUUUGGCAAAUACCCUUACCUCCUACCAAAUGUUGUUUGUUGUAUCUUACUCCUUUGCAGCAUCCUUUUCUGCUGGCUCUUUCUCCAAGAAACCCACCCAGACAUGCAACCAUGGAGAAACAGGAAGGAAGCCAUCGAUCACAGAUCCGUAGAACGUCCUCUCUUACCUACAGCUGGAGCGACUGCCAAUGCGGGGGCUGAUUUGCGUGCCGAAUCUUACGGGACAUUCAACCAAGUCAGCCUUCAGGAUGAGGAGGUGAUUGUGCACACCAACGGUUUGAGGUAUGGAACGUGCCCUUCGACCGAGCCCAUUUUUACAUGGCGGGUCACCAUGCUCGUUAUUGCGUUGGCCAUUUUUACGUACCACUCAAUGUCCUUUGACCAUCUUCUACCUAUCUUCCUUCAGGACAAGAGUGCCAAAGAGACCUCCAAUCUGGGGGGCACGGUUCUCGGUUUCCCCGGCGGUGUUGGCCUAUCCACGCCAACAGUUGGCCUGAUCAUGUCCACAGAUGGCAUUAUUGCGCUCAUUAUUCAGAGCGUUAUUUUUCCGACCCUAGCCCAUUACCUGGGGGUGUGGAGACUCUUUGUAGUUGUGACUGUUUUGCAUCCUUUGGCAUACUUUUUAAUACCCUUCCUUAUUUUCCUUCCCCAAACGCUUCUGUUCUUCGGAAUCUAUACCUGCUUAAUCCUUCGGAAUAUCCUCUCGAUCAUUGCUUACCCGGUCUUGCUCAUCCUAAUUAAGCAAGCUAGCCCUUCGGAUUCCGUUUUGGGGAAAAUCAACGGCCUUUCUGCAUCCGCUGGUGCUGCUUCCCGCACCAUUGCUCCUCCCAUUGCCGGAUUUUUAUACAGCACUGGUUCCGAAAUUGGCUGUACUGCACUGGCUUGGUGGGGAAGCACGUUGGUCGCGAUCAUUGGUGCCAUACAGUUGUGGUUUAUCCAACAAAAGAAACAUGCCUCGGUGACAGUUCGGCCGGUGGGACGUUGUCACUACAUCCCUGAAGGGUCCGAGCCACAGAAAGAAACCAUCCAUAUUAUCGUGACUGAGGCUGGUCCCACCACCUGUGACACCUGA